AUGCCGGUGAGGAGGGGGCAUGUGGCCCCCCAGAACACUUAUCUGGACACGAUCAUCCGGAAGUUUGAAGGACAAAGUCGCAAGUUUCUGAUUGCCAAUGCCCAGAUGGACAACUGUGCUAUCAUCUACUGUAACGAUGGGUUCUGUGAUAUGUUUGGCUAUUCCCGGGUGGAAGUCAUGCAGAGACCUUGUACCUGUGAUUUCCUGACAGGCCCUGAAACCACGCACAACAGCAUUGUGCAGCUCACGCAAGCGCUGCUAGGAUCUGAAGAGCGCAAGCUGGAGAUUCUCUACUACAGGAAGGAGGGUACCUGUAUGCGCUGCUUGGUCGAUGUUGUGCCAGUGAAGAACGAGGAGGGAGACGUCAUUAUGUUUAUACUAAACUUUGAAGAUCUGGCACUGCUUCUGGCAAGAAAGGCCAACAAAACACUACAUCAGAGGUUGACACGAGCUGCCUUCAAUUCAGAGAGGUCGAAAAUGAAGCCAGGCUUCCUAAACUCCGCCAAUGAGUCCGACCUCAUGAGAUACAGGACCAUCAGCCAGAUACCUCAGUUUACCCUCAACUUCGUGGAGUUCAACUUAGAAAAGCAUCGAUCAGCUUCAACCACGGAGAUUGAGAUUGUGGCUCCUAGUAACGCCUUUGAGAGAACACAGAAUGUCACAGAGAAGGUGACCCAGGUUCUUUCCCUGGGGGCAGACGUAUUGCCAGAAUACAAGCUGCAGGCACCGCGGAUUCACCGAUGGACCAUCCUCCAUUACAGCCCUUUCAAAGCCGUGUGGGACUGGUUAAUCCUGCUGCUGGUCAUAUACACCGCUAUAUUCACCCCAUAUUCGGCAGCGUUUUUGCUGAACGAUCAGGAGGAGGAGAAAAACUGGGGGUGUGGCUACUCCUGCAACCCUCUUAACAUUGUGGACCUGAUAGUGGACAUUAUGUUCAUUAUAGACAUUAUCAUCAACUUCCGCACAACCUAUGUCAACCUAAACGAUGAGGUGGUUAGCCACCCGGCCAAGAUUGCCAUCCAUUACUUCAAAGGCUGGUUCCUUAUCGAUAUGGUGGCGGCCAUCCCCUUUGAUCUGCUAAUCUACAGGACAGGUUCAGAUGAGACAACCACUCUGAUUGGCCUGCUAAAGACAGCUCGGUUGCUACGUUUGGUUCGAGUUGCUAGGAAACUGGAUCGAUAUUCUGAAUAUGGUGCAGCUGUAUUAUUCCUCCUUAUGUGCACCUUCGCCCUUAUAGCUCAUUGGCUGGCCUGCAUCUGGUAUGCCAUUGGCAAUGUGGAGCGGCCCUACAUGGAACAUAAGAUUGGCUGGCUGGAUAACCUGGCUAUUCAGAUCGGAAAGACUUACAAUGAUACUGAUUCGCACUCAGGGCCCUCCAUUAAGGACAAGUAUGUGACAGCACUGUACUUCACUUUUAGUAGCCUGACCAGUGUUGGAUUUGGUAAUGUCUCCCCAAACACCAACUCAGAGAAGAUCUUCUCCAUUUGUGUCAUGCUGAUUGGAUCCCUAAUGUAUGCCAGCAUCUUCGGCAAUGUUUCCGCCAUAAUUCAGCGUCUGUACUCCGGCACUGCGCGUUACCACACUCAGAUGCUGCGUGUCAAGGAGUUUAUCCGCUUCCAUCAAAUCCCCAACCCACUGAGGCAGCGCCUUGAAGAGUAUUUCCAGCACGCCUGGUCCUACACCAACGGCAUUGACAUGAAUGCGGCUAAAAUGCAACCUGCGGCUGGAUCGCAAGCCAAGAUCAUCUGCCAGGUGCUGAAAGGAUUUCCAGAGUGCCUCCAAGCAGACAUAUGUCUGCACCUCAACCGCACACUGCUUCAAAACUGCAAAGCCUUCCGUGGUGCCACCAAAGGAUGCUUGCGAGCCCUGGCCAUGAAGUUCAAGACUACGCAUGCCCCACCGGGGGACACACUGGUUCACUAUGGAGAUGUGCUGACUACUCUCUAUUUCAUCUCUCGUGGGUCGAUUGAAAUUCUCAGGGAUGACAUUGUGGUGGCUAUAUUGGGAAAGAAUGAUAUAUUCGGAGAGCCUAUCAGUCUGUAUGCACGUCCUGGAAAGUCCAAUGCUGAUGUGAGGGCCCUGACUUAUUGUGACCUUCACAAGAUUCAAAGAGAAGAUCUGUUGGAGGUGCUAGACAUGUACCCAACCUUCUCGGACAGCUUCUGGAGCAACUUGGAGAUUACCUUCAACCUAAGAGAUGCAGACAGUAUUCCACGCUCCCCUGGAAGUGAGGAGUACAACUGCAACUACAACAGGAGACGUAGGUGCAAACAACCUGGAAGACGUAGAAAGAAACAUGAUGGUCUUGAAGAUCUUAAUUCUGAUGCUGAACAGUAUCAUACUUACUCUGAAAGGAGCAACAUUCAACGGCCAAUGAGCCAAGAGCAGUGGGAUGAUUUGGCAAGCAGUACCACUCCUUGUUCCCAGACCAGUGACGAUGAAACCAAACCGCUAAACUCAGGUUGUAUGGAUAGGCUAACUUCCACAGACAAGCAAGAGUUCAUUCCAGCAGUAGUCAAUUUGGUCACAGCCAACAUCAGCAAUCGAGAGGGGGGCAGGAAGAUGCUGGAGACAGUGGAGACAUAUUCAGCAUCUCCUAUUGAAGUUCCCAACUUGUUCAAUUUCUGGAGUGACCACCGCUCAGCUGCGUGUCCAGAGACCAAUCAACAUAUUUCAAUGGUGCACAAUUCAUUGGACCCCCCACUUAGCCCUGAUGACCGGCCCGGAGAGAUCGAAUCCAGACUGGAGCUACUGCAGGCCCAACUAGAGAGGUUGGAGUCCAGAAUGUCUUCAGACAUCAAUAUUAUACUGCAGUUGUUGCAGAGACAGCUGUCCCAGAUCCCUCCUGCAUAUAGCCCCAUCUCUCCCAGCUCCCACACACUUUAUCACUCAGCGUCAAAGAGUCUGGAACCAGUGCACAGCCCAUCUCUUCCAGCAGACUCCCCCAUCUCUCCUCUCCAGAGCCCUGGAUUGGCCGACUACAAUGACUUAGAACCUCUGAACCUUAAGCCUAAUGAUCUGCAUCUCAGCACUGGCCCCCAAGAACCUGUUGGUCUGAUUCCUGGACCUGGACUUCCUCGGGCCCACAUUAUCCCACUUCCAGUAACCCCCGCCCAGGCAGUUCUAGGAAGCUUCCGGUUCCCAUCUCUCCCUGAGCAUCUGGAGUGCCCUUCUCCUCCAGACUUGGCAUUUCAAAGACACCUUUCAGACCCAGUUCUUCCUGGAAGUUAGGGUUGUGGAGAAAGCUACAGAAGGAGAUUGCCUGUUCUCAAAAGUGGAGAUGGGGAGAAAGAUAUCUUAGUCUGGGUUCCCUCUCCCAUUUAUGCAUAGGAUAGAUUUCAUGUGGGCAUUGUUACCAGAAGAGGAGAAAA